AGCAAUUCCGGCACGGACAAUGUUGGGAGUGAAUUCAUUGUUAGCAAUGACCUUUCAAUUUGGUAAUAUUAUCAGGAAUCUUCCACGGGUGUCAUAUGUAAAAGCGAUAGAUGUGUGGAUGUUAAGGUUAGAAAUGUACACUAAGCUUACACAAUUAGAAUUGAAAGUGGGUGGUAUGCUAUUUAUUUUUCUUUCGUUAUUGGAAUUGGCUGUGGUUGGAUUUAUGUCGAGAAAUGAAGGACUUCCUCCAAAAACAAAGAAGAAACGGAAAAGAGAUGAAUCGGAUGAUAAUUUUUCUUGGAAGGGUAUUCAAACAAGCCCUCAUCUGGAAUUACGACAGUUUUGGGUCGACAAACGAAUAAAUUCCGUACGGAAUAGCACAGAUGUGAGUUCUUGUGAGAGUAAAUUGAAAGUGCUCUGUUUUGAACAGGCGCUUUCACAGUAUCCCACUGACGGGCCGCCUCCAUUGGAAGCUCCUUAUACACCAGUACAUCGAAGUCGUCCCAAGCGCAGUUUCUUCAACACGAUGCGGAAAUGGUGGAAGAGCAUUCCACCAGUGCGACCGGAAGUUGUAGAUUUCUAUAGUUACUGGGGGUACUACUUGUCCAGUCUUUCUGCUGUCGAUGACGAUGCUGUGCCUAAUACUCUUGGCCUCACAUUUUUUAUAAACAUAAGCAGAUCUGUGGAUUUCGCAUCGAUACAACAUCUUGAUGAUCGUUUACAUUGAGG